AUGAAAAAUGAAACGUUUAAAUCGUAUUUGUGUGGCUUAUCUGCAAUAGAAGAUCCCGAUUACUCGUUAUGGAAAGCCACAAGACAAUUAAAAAGACCUCGCGUCCAUAUACCACCCAUCCGAAAGAAGGAUGGAACUUGGGCGCGCAGUGAUCAGGAUAAAGCUGAAGUAUACGCAUGACAUCUCGAACGUGUAUUUCAGCUAAAUGACAUCGUUUCUGAACUUGACAGCACGCAAUGCCAGCCACUGAAUUUUACAAGAGAAUUCAUAAGGUACUUUACACCACUCGAAGUGACUUAUAAAAUCGACACCAACAUCAACACGAAAAAUGACACUUGGGUUCGAUGA